AUGCAGGCAUCUCUGACUGACUUUGUGAAGUGGAUCAAUCCGCUGGGAACAUCUAACACCGCUGCUGCAUCUAAGGUGAUCAAGGGGCGAACAUCGAUUGACCUGGAAGCCGGCGCACCUCUGAUCAAGCAAAAGAAGAAGGCGAAGGAAAAGGAUAAGAAGAUUAGAGUCCAACAAGUUCAUCCUUCGGGUGAGGUGGACGACGUCAACCUGCCGUCAAGCUCUCCAAUGGGAGAGACUUCUCCUACCAGCGCCACUCAGUCGGUGGUCCACUCGGCGAAGAACGAUCCACUCAGUCUGCUGCAGAAGGAGGAGUGCGCCAUCAUCACUGCCACCACAAAGAAGGCGCCUUCAGUCGAGGGAAAAGACAAAGUUGAGGCGAAUAAGGGGAAGAAAAAGAGCACAGCCUCGGUCGUUGAGGACAAAGAAAAUGCCGCCCUAUCACCUGAAGAUCCGCUGCCGCCGCUGGUCAGCAUGCCCAUCAGCGAGUACGUGUCGGUGAACGAGCAGGCAAAGUCGCUGGAGGAGCUGGGCGGCCUCUCCGAGCUGGCCGUACGGCUGUUGCACAAGCGGCGCCUGAAGGAGCACGGCUUCCGCCUGAGCGGCGGAAAGAUGCUCGGCGAGGGCGGCUUUGGCGCCGUCUUCAAGGUCUACCAGGGCGGCGGCCGGCUGCAGCCGCUCGCCUGCAAGGUCAUGCUCCUCACCAGGGACGGCCGCAAUCGAGGAGGUGGUGGUGGUGGCCACAAGAAGGGGGCGGGAAAUGAGGGCGACAAGAAGGAGAAGAAAGAGAACCAGGCGAAGAAAAAGAAGCCGCCGCCGGCGCCUCUGCCGAACGUGGUGGGCGCCAACCCGGCGGCCGUCCCUUCGAUGCUGCAGACCUUCUCCCAUGAGGUGUUCGUGAUGAGCCGCUGCCGCCACGAGAACCUCAUCGGCCUGAAGCAGUUCUUCAUCUACAGCCACAGCCGCAGCAGCGAGGAGACGCUGAUCAUGCACAGCUACCUGAUCAUGGAGUACGCCGCGCUGGGCACGCUCUACGCCAAGCUGAAGAAGAACGGCCCCUUUGAGGAGGCGGUCGCUCGCGGGUACUUUCUGCAGACGGCCAAGGCGCUGGAGCACCUGCACACUCGAGGCAUCGCUCAUCGCGACCUGAAGCUGGGCAACAUUCUGCUGGCCUGGGAGGACGACCGCGAGGUGCUCAAGGUGACCGACUUUGGCCUCAGUCGCCAGGUGCACACCGAACAGUCCGGUCUGCUGCUGUUCAGCAAGCCGGCCGGCACGAUGUCCUACAUGGCGCCCGAGCUGGUCGACGCCUACGUCCUCUACAACAGCGGCCAGCGGAAGGCCAUCGUCCCCUACGACUGCUUCGCCGUGGACAUCUGGGCGCUGGGGGUCUGCCUGUACAUGCUGCUGGCGAAGGUGCACCCCUACGGGAGUCCGCCGGCGGAGAAGGCGGAACGGGUGGCCUACGCCAAGGUCAUGCACGCCCGCCAGCUGGCCGAGCAGUGGGAGCCGCUGCCCGAGGCGGUGAAAGCGGCCAUCAGCUGGCCCGCCGUCGGCCUGCUCCAGGGGCUGAUGGAGGUGAAGCCGGAGCUCCGACUCACCAUCUACCAGGUGAUGAAGCAUACCUGGCUGCAGGAGCAGUCGGAGGUAGUGGUAAUGAAGCAGCCAGACAGCAGCAGCCUCUCCUGA